GUCAGCCUUGGCGGGUUGUACUUCCUGUCUCGGCGGCUCGCAGGUGCGGAAGGCCCGCGCUCGCCAUGAGCUUCUUGAAGCGCAUCCCGGAGCCGAGUGAGGGGAUCCGGCUGCGGCAGCCCGAUACGGAGGCCGUGCCCGGGGGACGCGGCCUGGGCACCGGCAGCCUGUACAUCGCGGAGAGUCGGCUGUCAUGGAUAGCGAAUUCAGGCCUUGGGUUCUCAUUGGACUAUCCCAUCAUAAGCUUACAUGCCAUCUCCAGGGACCUGAAUGCCUACCCGUGGGAACAUUUGUACGUCAUGGUCAAUGCAAAGUUUGAAGUAGAAGAAUCCAAAGAAAGUCCCGUAGCGGAGGAUGAAGAGGAAGAGAGUGAUGAUGAGUUUGAGCCGAUCUCAGAAUUCCGAUUUGUACCCAGCGACAAAUCAGCGUUGGAAGCCAUGUUCUCUGCCAUGUGUGAAUGCCAAGCCCUGCAUCCUGACCCAGAAGAUGAAGACUCAGAUAACAAUUACGAUGGUGAGGAAUAUGACGUGGAGGCUCACGAAAUCGGUCAAGGUGAUAUCCCCUCUUUCUACACGUAUGAAGAAGGCUUGUCACAUUUAACGGCCGAGGGUCAGGCUACCUUGGAGAGAUUGGAAGGUAUGCUGGCCCAGUCUAUAAGCACUCAGUACCACAUGGCUGGCGUACGAACGGAAGAUUCUCUCAGGGAAUUUGAAGACGGGAUGGAAGUGGAUGCGGCACCAGCAGUCACGGGACAGUUCGAAGAUGCGGAUGUUGAUCAUUAAGGAGGAUCCUCUUGGCGGUUCCAAAGCAGGCUUCCCGAGAUUGACGAUGUCACAACAAUCAUUACCAUUCCUCUAUAAGACCUAAACAUGAAGACUAAAUGGUUUUGUAGCUGUGAUUAUAAAACAUGAUCUAACUCGUGUGUGUCCGUGUGAAUGAUCCACCCUCACCCACACACGAAAUUAUAAUAACUUGGCUUUGAUUGGAGAAUUAAUCAUGGUUUACUGUUGGAAAAGCUUUACAUGAUACUAGAGGGUAAGGAACAAAGUUGUAACUUAGAAUUCUAGAUUGUUCUAGGAUCUUUCCCGUAUGUUUUGAGCCUGUUUGACUACAGCCAGUUUCACACAACAAGAAUUAUUAUGCUUUAUCUAAAGCAGUGUUUCUCAACCUUGGCAACUUUAAGAUGUGUGGACUCCAAUUCCCAGGAAAGCUGGCUGGGGAAUCCUGGGAGUUGAAGUCCACACAUCUUAAAGUUGCCAAGGUUGAGAAACACUGCUCUAAAAUGACCAGAGCUAUGUCAGAGGUAUGAAGUCAAGGACAUUGUGAAAAUCCCAUAAAGAACUGACUUCAGUCUCAGAGAAUCUGGUAUUACGCUUCUAAGGGUCUGCUUUGGCAUGGAGCAGAUGGUUUUGUGCUACAGAUAAAUAAUCUUGUUUCUCUGCUAUAAAUAAAAACGAAAUGGUUCAAUAAAUAUAAUUUUUGUAUCUUA